UUGAAGCUGCCGCCGCCAUCUUGGAGACGGGAGAUGGGCGAUGGCUGUGGUCUUUCUGCUAAUGCAAACAACAAAACGGGCAUCUUAGUCACCCCCGAGGGAGGCCACCAUCACUGUGACUGUCGACCAAAGCUACCGAACAGCUGAAGGUGUCAAAGAGGGACGCAGCGGUACUGAUUGUAGCUUCACCUGCCUGCAGGGGCGGCAGAAGGGAAGCGACUGAGGACCGGAAGGAUGGUGCAGUCCUGUUCCGCCUAUGGCUGCAAGAACCGAUACGAUAAGGAUAAGCCCGUGUCUUUCCACAAGUUUCCUCUUACUCGACCUAGUCUUUGUAAACAAUGGGAGGCAGCUGUCAGAAGAAAAAACUUUAAGCCAACCAAGUACAGCAGUAUCUGUUCAGAACACUUUACUCCAGACUGCUUUAAGAGAGAGUGCAACAACAAGUUACUAAAGGAGAAUGCUGUGCCCACAAUAUUUCUCUGUACUGAACCACAUGACAAGAAGGAAGAACUGCUGGAGCACCAAGAACAGCUUCCCCCACCACCUCUAACACCUCCUGGGUCCCAGGUGGAUGCUGCUAUUGGAUUGCUAAUGCCUCCUCUUCAGACCCCUGAUAAUCUCUCUGUUUUCUGUGACCACAACUACACUGUAGAGGAUACAAUGCACCAGAGAAAAAGGAUCCAUCAAUUGGAACAGCAAGUUGAGAAACUCAGGAAGAAGCUCAAGACUGCGCAGCAGCGGUGCCGAAGGCAGGAGCGGCAGCUGGAGAAGCUGAAGGAGGUGGUGCACUUCCAGCGGGAGAAGGAUGACGCGCCUGAGCGGGGCUAUGUUAUCCUGCCCAACGACUACUUCGAGAUCGUGGAGGUGCCGGCUUGAGGGCAUGUGUGCGAGACGCUUUGUAAGAAGCAAUACAUGCUGUCGUCUUCUAGUCUUUUCAAGGAGUUUCACUUGGAAGAAAUAACACUUGAUUACUUGUAUGGAAACAAUCCAGAAUAUUUUUUUAAAAAAAUAAAUUAGUUAUAUACUGUAAAAUGAUAACUUUUUGUUUGUAAUUUCAGGGUUACUACGUUUUAGCUAUUUUAAAGGUUACAGACUAACCUCAGAACUUCAAUGUAAGAUGGUCUCAAGAAUGGGGAAUUUUUUUUAUAAGUAUUUAUGGAAGUCAUGUAAAAAUGCAAGAAAGAGAGCAAUACAGUAAAUAUGAUUUAAGUUUCACGUUUAAAAUUUAAACAAAGCAGUUUUAUUGAGAGUACUUAUAUUUUAAAUCAAGUACGGGUGAGAUCAUGGGAUAUAACUUCUCAGAAUAUAUAUUCUUCACAUUAUUAUUUGUAAAAUUAGAAGAUUACUUAUCUUUCUUCAUCAUUGUCAGACAUAUUGGCAAGUCAGUAUUAAAAAAAGAUUUUCAGAGCAGAAAAUAUUUCAUUCCCAGUCCAUAUGUUUAAAUAAUAGCUUUAUAAGAAUGGAUUUUUUUUUCAGAUGGGUCCUUUCCCAGCCUCCUUCCAACUGCCUCUUCACUGUGUAGGGUUGUAAAGUCAGAAGUGUGUCUCUGGUGGAAGAAGCAUUCCUCAAUAAACAAGAUAGGCAUUGUUAUCAAGAAAGUAAUAAAAAUGAGGGCCUGAUCCAUGGCAUAUCUUAUUCUCUCUGUUUGUCUGACUAAGGAGUUCCCUAGUUAACAGACCUGGUUUUCCAAUGGAGUUCGCCAAAUCUCUAACAGAUAUGUUAUAGAGUUUGAUUUGUACCAUUUAUCUUGUAAUCUGAAAAAAAAAUUUUCAAAUACAUUAGCAAUUACCUCAUUUACUUCAAUGAAUGAUUUAUAUUCAAAGUCAAUCUAAUAUGUGUUUAUUUUACUGAAUGUUAAGAUUUAAAUAAGUUUCUUUUCAAACUAAGUGGUUUCUCACUUUGUGAGAAAUUUUACAUAUAUUUGAAAUGAAAAUAUAUUCUGAGUAAAAGAAAAUACUGCCAUAGGAAUUACCUGCUUAAUUUUAGUAGCUGAUAGAACCCUAUGAAAUACAGAGUUCACGGAGGUAGUUGAAAAAUAUCAGACAUUUUAUGGCAGUAUUAAAGAUACAGAACUAUGAUGGUCAAAUGUCUUUUGUAAAGUUGGUUUUCAGUGUUGUUCAUGGAUAGUACUUUGGUUCAUAGAGAUUUGAUUUUUUUGUGAACAAGCAUUUCUAAAAUAGAAAUUGUUAUACUUGAAGAUAAAUAGCCUAAGAGCAUUUAGAACUAUUAAAGAACCAGAGGACUUUUUGUAGUUACUUAUGGAUGUCAUCACUUGUUUGGAGUGUUUGGAGCCACAGUCUCUAUUUACAUUUCACCUGUCGAGCAAUUCCAGAAUAUAAUUAACUGGGUAGUAUUUUGUAAAGUAUGUAUUUUCAAUCCAAACUGUCAUCUAUAUAAAAGAAAUUAUAAUCUCUUUGUAUGUCCCCAGAAUCAAGACUUCAACAUUGAAUUAUAAAAGUGGUAAUCAUAAUUAGCUUGUUAGCAUUAUGAUUUAAGGUGAAGAAACAAUAUUUCAUAAUUGACUUAAGUCUCUGUUUGGAAAGAACUAAGUAAGCAGCAUGCAUACUAAUGUUCUCCAUUUAAUUUAUCACAGUUUGGCAUAGGGAUUUUGAGGAAUAGGUGCAUAUUUCUGAAUUUGUGAUAUAACAUUUGUUGAAUGUUUUAAAAUUUAAUUUUGUCUUUCUUUGUUCAUGAUAUUGCCAAAAUAGAGCAUUUAGGCUAAAGUAGUUUCUAUUUCAGCCUAGUGAAAUUUAGUCUGAAACAAACAGUGUCCUGGUCUCAAUCUGAGGGAUAAAAAGGAAGUCGCAUGUGAAUUGCAGCAUAUUCUGAAAACUUUAUUUUAAAGACAUACCAUUCUAAUAUAUCCUUUUAAAUGUGAGAUAAUCUGAUAGUAAUAGAGGAAAAAAUAACUUUAUAGAACUGCUAGAAAAAUUGUAGCAUCAUAGAAUUUAUGAAUUAGAAGGAACUUAGAAGUCAUUAACACUGGCCUAACAUCUGAACCCUAUGGAAGUUCCUUGUAAAAUAUCCCUGACAUAUACUCAUUUGUUCUCUGUCAAAUGUAUGUAAAUACAUUUAACUAGUUAUUCUCUUUUGAUUCUUUAAAAUGGUUUCAGGAUUCGAAUAGAAUUAGAUACCACUCUCUUUACACUUGUUUAUAAUGCAAAUAUAAAUUCUUCACUUUGAUCAAAUUCAAGAUUAAAAUUUUCAAAUUUUGUAAAAUAAUUUUAAGUAUUUAGUAAUUGUAUAUGUUGUGUACUAAAAAUAAUUCUGUCAUUGCAGUAAAGAAAUAGUUUAUUUAAAAUUAUUAACAAACUUUUUUACUUGGAAAGUCAAGCACAGGAGGAGAUAUUUUAACUAUUAUUUUAACUAUUCAUUUAUGUGAAGCUUUUCUUAGACAUCUAACAACGAUGAAAGUUUCACUUGAUAAUGGAAUUUUUUAGGUUAAAUGAAUAUUUUCUGGCCUUAGUUAUUGAAUAUUGUGCAUACCUAACUCCAACUACUUUCAUAAAGCCAAAAUAACGUGAAGAUUCACAUGAGCUAUAACAAGAAAACUCAAUUUGUUCCAGAACAUUUGUGGAGGAGGUUUCCCAAGCAAUUCUUAGGAAAUCCCAGGUCUACUCCUGGGGUUUAAUGUAAUGCUGCUGCCUCCAGGACUACACCUGGCAGGGUGGAGCAGAGGAAGAUGCAGUAUGGGGGAACCAAACUUGGGGCCUUUCGCAUGCAAAACAUGCAUGUUAAGCCCAUAGAACUAUCUCCAUGGCUACCUUGUUCCAGAACUUUUAAAAGACAGUUCACUGUGUGAUUAAGGAAGAUGACAAUAGUCAACCUGCUUGGUUGGUAUUCUCCAUGAUACUGGAUAUCAUGUGAAUGAGAGGACCAAUAAGUGAACACACUGAUCUUAAUUAGUAACUAGGGUUUCUGGGCAUUGUUGUUUUUUUAUAGCUAUGCAUUAAAAUAGAAUCAAUGUGGAAGUAACAUAUCUAAGAGCAACCUGAAGUGCAGACAAAAAAGCAAUUGAAAUUCUUGGUUUUAACUAAGAUGUUCCCCCCAAACAAUGUUCUCUUACAAAUCCCUCUUGAUGUCUUUUGUUUGUUUGUUUGGGGUUUUUUGUUUGGUUUGUUUUGGAGGGCCAUAUCUGGUGGUGCUCAGGGGUGAUUCCUGACUGUGCACUCAGGAAUCACUCCUGGUGGUGCUUGGGAGACCAUAUGGGAUGCUGGGGACCAAACCUGGCUUGGCCACAUGCAAGGCAAGUGCCCUUCCUGCUGUACUGUUGCUCUGGUCUUUCUUAUCUUGAUAUCUUCACUAUUUGGAUAUAGUUUUAUUCUGUGAUUUUUUUUUCUGAAUGGUAAAUUUUGGCGUUUGGAGGUGCGAAAUCCAGUGGUGUGUGGGGACUACUCACAGCUUUGUGCUCACUGAUCACUCGGUGGUGCUCAAGAGACCAUGAGCACCAGAUAUCAAACCCAGACAUCUUUCACGUCAUACGUGCUCAGCCACUGAGCUAUCUCUACCCCCAAAUAAUAUUUUUAAAACCCAAAAUAUAUCAAUUAUUCUUUUCAAAAUUUGUAGUAUUUGGGGUU